AUGGCUUCAGACGAGAAGGACCUGGGCGCUGCGUCUCAUGUCAAUGACAUUGACAAUUCAUCUACAGACGCUAUUCUCCUGGCCACAGAGGCGGACACGACAACUUACUCACCAUGGUCAAGGUCCAUGUUCAGACUUUACGGCGUUUUGGCUAUUGCAUACCUCUGUGGAUGUUUGAACGGGUUUGAUGGUUCUCUAAUGGGAGCCAUCAAUGCAAUGAAACCGUACCAGAAUUAUUUUGGCAUUGGUUCUACCGGAUCAUCCACGGGUAUUGUCUUUGCCAUUUACAAUAUUGGUAGUAUUCCCGCCGUUGUUCUUACAGGACCAGUCAAUGAUUACCUCGGACGACGUGCUGGCAUGUUCACGGGCUCCGUCAUUAUUAUCAUCGGGACCUGUAUCCAAGCACCAGCUGUCAAUAUGCAUAUGUUUCUGGCAGGUCGCUUCUUGCUUGGGUUCGGGGUGUCGUUCUGCUGCGUGUCCGCACCUUGCUACGUGUCUGAACUCGCACAUCCCAAAUGGAGAGGCACUCUUACUGGGCUGUACAAUACUUGCUGGUAUAUUGGCAGUAUCAUUGCUAGCUGGACUUGCUAUGGGACCGCAUUCUUAUCUACUAACUGGUCUUGGCGAAUCCCGAUCUGGUGCCAGCUUUUGUCAUCCGUGGUCGUCGCGGGUGGAGCCUUCUUCCUGCCAGAAUCUCCUCGAUGGUUAGUUGGACAAGAUCGCGUUGACGAAGCUCGAGCAAUCCUCGCAAAGUAUCAUGGUGAAGGUCGAGAAGAUCAUCCAAUCGUUAAUCUUCAGAUUUCUGAAAUGUAUUAUCAAAUUCAGACAGAUGCCACUGACAAACGCUGGUGGGAUUAUUCUGGCCUGGUCAAAAGCCACAACGCUCGUCGCCGUCUCAUUUGUGUGCUCGGCAUGGCUUUUUUCGGCCAAUGGUCAGGAAACAGUGUCAGUUCCUAUUACUUCCCAGAGAUGAUGGCCACAGCAGGAAUUGCCGACGAACAUACCCAACUCAAACUGAAUGGAGUCUUCCCAGUCCUCUGCUGGCUUGGCGCCAUCUCUGGAGCGAGAAUGACUGAUAAGAUUGGAAGACGGCCUCUCUUGCUCUGGUCUAUCUUAUUCUCUAGCAUCUGUUUCGCCAUCAUCACUGGCACUACUAAGCUCGCGGUCGAACAUAACAAUAAAAUGGCCUCAAAUGUCGCAAUCACCUUCGUCUACCUGUUUGGCAUUGUCUUUAGUUUCGGAUGGACACCUUUGCAGAGCAUGUACAUCGCAGAAACAUUGCCAACCGAGACCAGAGCCAAGGGUACCGCGAUUGGCAACUUUGGUUCCAGUGUUGCCUCGACAGUCAUCCAAUACAGUUCUGGACCAGCCUUCAAGAACAUCACUUACUACUUCUAUUUGGUUUUCGUUGCUUGGGACUUGAUCGAGUUUGUGGUCAUUUACUUCUUCUUCGUUGAGACGAAAGACCGCACUCUGGAGGAACUUGAUGAAGUUUUUAGUGAUCUACAUCCGGUGAAGAAGAGCUUGCAGAAAAGAUCGGUGCAAACGGUUGCUGCUACCGUGGGUGUUGACGUGAAUGAGAAAUCUAUGGUGGCAUAG